AUGCAGUGUCUCCACAAGCAAACUGGACGUGUAGCGGCUGUCAAGAUGCUGCAGAAAAGUGCUGGGAACGAAGAAGAGAUCGAGCGGGAGAAGCACGCGCUCGAGCAUCUCGAGAAAGCUGGUGGCCAUGCAAGUCUCGUGGGCUACAGAGGCGCUUAUUUCCACAAUGACUUUCACUACAUUGUGCUUGAGUACGUCCCCGGUAUCUCGCUCCAUUCAUUUAUGGAAAAGCACCACACACUGGAUGCCACGUGGUCACUGCAGCUUGUGUCUCAGUUGGCCAGUGCAUUGCAAUUCAUGCACGACGCUGAUGUCGUUCAUCGUGACUUGAAACCUGAGAACAUCAUGGCAAUCGAAGCUCGUGAUGGUACUGGAAGUCUCAGUGGACAACAGCAGAUGACGCUCAAAAUCAUCGAUCUCGGCUCUGUCGGACGUGCGUCGCAGCCAGAGUCGAUCGACAAACCGCGCACGACCAGUUUAUCUGGAACCCGUUGCUACUGGUCUCCCGAAGUCCUGCAGUGCCAGGAUAUGACGACUGCGAUGGAUAUGUGGGCACUCGGAUGCAUUUUCUACAUUCUCCUUUCCGGACGCCACCCAUUUGACCUGACAGGAAGCUCGACCGAGGACGAAAUUUUGCACCGCGUUAAGACUGAACCUGUGUCAUUUUUGACUCCAGUAUGGCACACCGUCUCGGUAGAGAUUAAGGACCUCAUUCGCGGGUUGUUGGAAAAAGACCCGCGUCGUCGCUUCUCGGCCGCUCAAGUGCUCGACCACUUGUCACUAUUGAGAGGCGCUCCAACAGCAAACCCGUAA